CUAAAUACCGCCCAACAUGCAAUUCAUUACUGCCAUCAGUCUCUUCGCUACCCUCGUCGCCGCCAACGGCAAGGCUGGAUACAACUCGGCCGGCGUCCCUACCUCUUGCGGCCAAAACACAUGCUGCAUCCCGGCCUGCAACGUCUCCUGGCAGGACGACAAGGGCUGCAACGGCCGCGCCUCAUUUGGCGGCUCCUGCUCCAACAUGUACUACUCACAGCAGGAGAAGAAUGACCACACGACGGACAUUUGCGGCGGCGCCCGCAUCACCGCCUGCGGCUACAAUGGCCACAAGCUACUCUUUGUCGUCAACGGUGCCAACGAGCUCUCUGCCCACGUUAUGCCCCAGCACUACGAUGAGUGCACCUUGAGUGGCCAGUGCAAGCCUUGCGGCGUCCAGGGCUCUUGUACCGAUCAAGCCUACUAUGUCGGCACCGUGUCUCCCGGUCAGCGCAGCUGUGAGGCUCUUACUGGCCAUUGGGCUACCUUUGUUGCCCGUGCUGGUGGUGACCGCGCCUACAAGGGUUGCUAA